AUGGGAGUGUCUGGACUACUACCCCUGCUCAAGCCGAUCCAGGCGGCAGCUCACAUUUCCGAAUUCAAGGGCCAGCGACUGGCAGUGGACGGGUUUGCAUGGUUACACAAGGCCGCGUUUGGAAGCGCCGAAGACCUGGCUCUCAACAGGCCGACAGAUCGACCCCAACAGUGGGUCAUGCGCAAAGUGGAGUUUCUGAAACGGUGUGGAGUGGACGUGCUAAUUGUCUUUGAUGGAGGAGCACUGCCUUCCAAGCGUGGGACCGACGAGAAACGACACGCACUACGUGACCAGGCCCACAAGGAAGCCCUUGCAUUGAUGUCUCGAGGACGAAGAUCCGAAGCUGUCAACCUUUUCCAAAAAGCCACCAGAAUCACACAGGAAAUGGUCCACCAACUGACAGAACUGCUCAAGAGUCAACGUAUUCCUUUUGUGGUUGCACCCUACGAAGCAGACGCCCAGCUGGUGUACCUGGAGAAGGCAGGUUACGCCACAGGCAUCAUUUCGGAAGACUCAGAUCUUGUGGUCUACGGAGCACAGAUGCUGGUCACAAAGCUGGACCCGAGUGGAGGAUGCGUCACAGUUGAUGGAUCCCGAAUUUCCAGCUGCUCAGAUCUCGAACUCGGCUCUGAGGUUCCUCUUGAGUACCUGAGAUACAUGGCUAUUCUAUCUGGCUGUGACUAUUGCGAUGGAGUGCCGAACGUGGGUCCUAAACGAGCUGCUCGGUACAUUCGACGAUGGCAAACUCCCGAGGCUAUCAUUAAGGCUCUUCGUAUGGACGGAUACAACUCCUCACCCGACUUUUUAGAACGAUUCCAUGCUGCCAACUUUACAUUUCUCUACCAACGAGUCUACUGCCCCGAGGCUCGUAGGCUGGUACAUUUGAAUGAGCCUGAAGAUGAGCUGGACGAAAAGGUCGACUUUCACAUUGGCGCCGAGAUUCCACAAGGUCUGGCGCGAGCAAUAGCCACUGGACUGGUGCACCCUCGAACUCAUAAGACUUUUCCUGCCAACAAGACAGCCAAGCCUACCAAUCUACGGGGAUUCUUUGCGCCCAAAAAUGAGUACACAGGCGAUGUCAAGCGACUUCCCGAACAGCUGCGCCGCAAGAAGCCCGUUGUUCUGGUGGCAAAGCCGGUUGACCUGGCUGUGCGAACAGCUUCUGCGGAGAACAUGUUGAGUCCAACCCGAACGAAGACGUCCCCCGCGCUUACUUCCAGUCACUUUUUCUCCAUCCCUUCGAGUCCCGAUCAGGCUGAGAAGGAGAACAAGCCCUUCAACUUCAAUACCAUGUUGAGUUCAGAGCCUGACCGAAGCGACGAUGACAUUGAAGAAAGCAGCAUCGUGUUUGGCACCCCAAACAAAGACACCACGCUACCGCAGACACCUGUGACUUGUGCCAAGCGGAAGUCUACUCUGUUUGAGGAGUUUGGAUACAAUGCCUCUACGCCCAAGCGUCGAGUAGUGACUCCUACAGGCUCCUCUGGUGUUGCCAAAAAGCCCACAAUCACGCCCACAAUCACGCCCAGUUCCACACCGCAAGCGCGUCCCAAGAAGAGCGCCAUUUCUCCUCUGACCGUGCAGCGUGUUCCUGGCUCGUCUCAAAGCAAUCUCAUGAGAUUUGCUUACAAGGCCAACUAA